CGGAAUUUUUCCCGAACACUCAGCUUCUACGAAGGAUUUUAAUUUUCAUUUGUCUUUUAAAAAUUUAGCCACAAAUUUAGAUUUUAAUGUUGACAAAACAGGGGUACUUGGUACGUAAUUGGCAGUAGAGACAAGGCCAGUUGUACAACCCAAUGGUAGAGGAAGACAAGAGCCGACAAGGAGACGGAGAUUGUGAUUACGGCGUCAUGAACAACGCCGAGAGUAAUGAGGCCAUGGACAUGGCUGAUGAGGACGUGGUAGCAGCCGAAGGCGAGGGAUGCGAAGGCGAGGGGUCGGGCUGCGCGGGCAGCGGGCCAUCGGAAGACGAAGAGGAAUGCGUGUCUUCGCCCGCCGGCAGUCACUACGACGAUGGUGGCGACAUGAAGAACGCCAUGAGCGAUGAGGUCACCAAGCAACUCGCUGCCGCCGGACCUAUAGGUAUGGCCGCGGCGGCAGCCAUCGCCUCCUCCAAAAAGCGCAAGCGGCCGCACUCCUUCGAGACAAACCCCUCCGUCAGGAAGAGGCACCAGAACAGGCUGCUUAGGAAACUUAGACAAACGAUCGAGGAGUUUGCGACGCGCGUGGGGCAGCAGGCGGUGGUGCUGGUGGCGACUCCCGGGAAGCCCAACACCUCGUACCGCGUGUUCGGAGCCAAGCCACUUGAGGAUGUGGUCCGCAAUCUCCGCUGCAUGAUCAUGGAGGAGCUCGAGAAUGCGCUCGCGCAGCAGUUCGGACUGGGCGGGUGCCCGCAGGCGCCGCCGCCGCCGAUGGAGGACCCCUCGCUGUUCGAGCUGCCGCCUCUCAUCAUCGACGGCAUCCCAACGCCCGUCGAGAAGAUGACGCAGGCGCAGCUGCGCGCCUUCAUACCUCUCAUGCUCAAGUACUCCAUGGUGCGCGGCAAGCCGGGCUGGGGGCGAGAGUCGACGCGGCCGCCCUGGUGGCCCAAGGACCUGCCCUGGGCCAACGUGCGCAUGGACGCGCGCUCAGAGGACGAGAAACAGAAGAUGUCGUGGACGCACGCGCUGAGGCAGAUUGUGAUCAAUUGCUACAAGUACCACGGCCGCGAGGAUCUGCUGCCCGCCUUCACAGAGGAUGAUGACAAGCCACCCACACAGCCCGUGUCGUCGUGUAUGCCGGGCAAUGGGUCCAAUUCGUCUGGGUCGGGCACUCGGUCCGCGCAGGGCGGCGCAGUACUCUCAGCCUCACAAGUCUGCAUCGACCAGAUGACGUUGGCCGAUGUUGAUAUGUCGCAGUACGCUCCGGCGAUGCUGCAGACGAUCACGAAUCCGGAUGGCACUGUUUCCCUCAUCCAGGUGGACCCCAACAGUCCCAUCAUCACGCUGCCCGAUGGCACCACCGCGCAAGUGAUAAGUGCGGACGGCAGCGGCGUGGUGCAGGCGCUGGAUGGCGAGGGUGCUGUGGCUGUGGACCUGAAUGCUGUCGCUGAAGCCACACUCAACCACGAAGGACAGCUCAUACUCACCGGAGAGGAUGGACACGGUUACCCGGUGUCUGUGUCGGGUGUUAUCACGGUGCCGGUGUCCGCCUCCGUGUACCAGUCAAUGGUGGCAUCAAUGCAGCAGCAGGACGGCGGUGUCUGUGUCGCACCACUAGUGCAGGUGGAGCCUGGUGGUGAGGGUCUGGAGGCACUGUCACUGGGUGGUGGUGUGGCUCAGGUGGUGCUGCAGGGCGGCGGAGAUGCACAGCUACUACAAGUGCUCAGCCUCAAGGAUGCCACCGUACUCACCAAGGCCAUGCAACAAGUAAAGUCUGAGCGCGAGGCGGUGGCUGCAGACUCCUAGCUGCCGGCGCUGGCGUCACCGGGCCUGCUGGAGGAGCGGGCCUAGCCCCCCUCCCCCCACCACACGCUGGUGUCGACAACACAUCAUCUAGAAUGUUCUAUGUUGAGUGAAUACAUACAAGAACGUGUUAAUUCUAGUUGCAUUGAAAACAGAUAUUUCAAUGAACUGUAAGCAAUCUGUAUCAAGUUCUUUUUUUUUUAGUGAAAUUUCUCAUUUGGUGUAUGAAAAGUGGGAACGCGGGCGUUCGUGUAAUGACAGUUGUGGACAAACAGAUCUGUUAGAAAAGUCUUAUUUUAGUCAAACUUUGAUCUUUUUUUUAAAAGCUUGCAAACAAAACGUGUUAUUAAUUUUGCUUUCGUUAGUAAGGCAUUGACUGCCAUAUUUAAAUAAUAUUUAUUUGUAAUUAUAGUGUUAGUUAAAGAAUAAUUUAUUUUAUUAGCAAAUCAGGCCCUUUUAUUAUGUAUAUUUGAUGUGUAGAGCUCGAAUAUAAGUUUGUCUUGUACCUGAACAUAUCAUAAGUAUUGUUUAAUAUGUUAGACAUCUUUGUAUGAGAAUUCAAACUAAAUAUAACAUAUUAUGUUGAACUCUACACAACAAUAACCAGUUAACAUUUGCAAUAAGGCCCUAUAUUUGUGCAAUAUUUUAAUUUAAAAUCCAUAUUUAUUUAAUUUAUACACUCGGCUUC